CUUCUGUUAACUCAGUGUCAGUGCUGUACAAGAGGCGGCAACCAAAAAUAACAUCCGCAUUCCACGUUGUGUACAUGGGAACAAAAGGAACAUCAAAAGGAAAUCCUGAUCGCGUGAAUGUAAGCAGUGGAUAUAAACAAAUAGCGAAUUAUUAGAGCAGGUUUGUUUCCUUGCGUAGGACGCACGAUGAUUAUAUAUGCGAUUCCACUGCCAACGACAAGGGAAAUGUUUUGAUGAGCAGGCAGAAACAUCAUAGACCCCUUUGAGAGCGAACGCGAGCACUGGUGUCCUUGUGUAGCAUCAUAGAUGAUACGCUUUGCAUUGCGAAGUGCAAGGGUGUGCGUCAUUGUUUCACGAUUUGUCAGAACACCAAGACAUGGCGAUUUUCCGAUUAGAACUUCCAGGGUGAAAAAGAAAGACAGGAGGCACAAGAAAGCAGAUAAAACCAGCAAGAACGUCAAAAUUCUGAUCGAAGCGGAACGAUAAGUAAAAGCUGUGUGAACAAAUACAAGGAAGAUGUUUUCACCAUCAAUGAAUCAUCGCGAGUUAAGCCCGGAGGAGGCACUGGACAAGGGGGUCUUGGAGGCCAGCAAGGCGCACCAAUCUCCGUGCGCGGAGAAGGGGAAGAUCUUCUCGCAUGCGGAUGCCUUGGGUUUGACGGCUUCGGAGCGGCGCUUGGUGUAUCGACAGCAGGAGCUGUAUGGAACCAAGUGUCAGGUGGGAUGAAAAAAUUGUCAGAAAAAUGGAAAAAACAUAAAAUAUUAUAGGUUUGUUACAAACCCAUAAUGCCCAAGCAGCUGGAAUAUCGAUUCUAUUACAAAUUGUAACAGAAUCGAUAUUUUUCCAAUUUCAGCUGCUCGGGCAUUUCUAAGCGGCGCCUGACAAAUGUUGCAGACACUUAGAGCCAACCUUUCCUACUUUUCUGGGCAGCUUGAACUUUGUUUUGUCAUCCCGGCCUGACUGCAGUAAUUUUCUGUAUGCAAGGCUUUUUCCAAUCGGCAUCGGCUCCGCUUGUCUUCUUUGCAAGAAUAAAGACACUUGUUCAAAGCUCAUGUUAGAGUGCCUAGCACAAUUUCACUUUUUUCUUGGACGAUAACUACUUCCCACCUGGCACAACUGCCAGCCGAAUAAGCCGCCGCUGGAACAACAAGAGCCGCCUUCAACGACCGACGCCGAGCAGCUGAAUACCAAACAGCCGGAUGUGGGCGGAAACAAGAGCAGUGGCGCUGCCGGGGCCGCGACGGGGAGUGCCACCGCCGCGCCGCGCCUGAACGCGGCGUACUUGGCGACGUUGAAGCCGCCGUGCGUGUCCAUGCCGCAGCCCGUGUCGCAGGUGUACCUGCAGCAGCUUGUCGACCACAAGGAACGGGAGCACCAGCUGGCGCUGGCGCGGGACCGCGAAAUGGUAGAGCAGGCGCUCGCGGGGCGGAGCUGGGAGGAGGUGGCUUUGGAAAACCCGGUAGACCCCCUGCUCGGCAGCAAAAUUGCCCAGCAGUUAUGCAUUGCAAAUAUGUCAUCUGGGUCUGGAAGAUUCCGAGAUUUGUCAUGCAGUUUUUCCAAGCUCCGCCAAGUCUGGAAUGCAGCGAGUAGCAUCACAGGUUCUGCAGCCCCUUGCGGAUUCCUAUUCUGCAUGAGAAAUGCCCUUUCAGCAGGGCCAGAAGUGGGGACCUUUUGCAAGUCAUACAACACAGAUUUUUGUAUGAUCCGCAACACGCAUCACAAGUUCGCAUUCUUCCAGGCGCAGUCAUAUUUGCAUUUGAUAGCAGUACUGGCUGGACGAGUACGGGUCGCUCCAUCCCCCCGUGACCCGCACCCUCGAGCGGAAACGGGACCAGAAGCUCCAGGAGAAGCUCGCCUGGCAAGAAGCGCAGGCGGGCUGGCGAGAAGCGCAGGCGGGCCUGGCCGCCGAGAGUGGCGCCAAGAUGAACGCGUUCCUCGGGGGGCUUAGUACAACUAAUCCGAAUGCUAACAUCAUUAACCAGCAGGUGCCACCAGUGCCCGAGAAGGAGAACGUCGUCAAUUCGUCCUUCGCGGUCGGUCAUGGCCCGAUGAUCCACAACCCAUUGGCAGGACGAAGCCGUCCGGCGCCGUACGCGGGCGGAAAAAGCGACGCGAUCGUUCCGGGGGCGCGGCCGCGCAACGCUAAGGAGCUCCCGCCCACGCGGAGGCAUGACAAAUUGCCGGUCUUGCGAGAAGAGGAACGACCAGGAGAGCAGCCAGUACUCUCGGAGGACGAGGAAGAGGAAUUGCUGUGGCCACCGGACCCGAAGAGACAGUCGAAGUAUCAAAAUCACAUUCGGAAGUACAACGCACCGAUGAUGAUAGAUUCACCGCCUGCUUCCCCUCGUGCUGGGGGAGAGUUUGGAGGGAAUAAUAUUUCCUCAGAACAGCGCGAUUUGCUGAGCGAUGAUCCACCUGCUCGCGGGAAAGACCGUACUAAACCGCUCCUUCCCGCCGUCGAGAAAAAUCCGAAACCCAAGAGCGGCGCCGCUGCGACCGCGGCGGCGAAGAAAAAGGCUGCUGCCGAGUCGGCGAAGAUGAAACCGGCUGCUCCCGAGGCGGAGAAAAAGGCGGCUCCUGCUGCGACAGCAAAAAAGUCUACUACUGGUGCUGCUGCGAAAAAGAGGGCCGGUGCUGAGACGGCGAAAAAAGCGGUUACUGCUGCGACGACAAGAAAGACCGCGACGGCGAAGAAGGAGCCUGGUAGUACCGCAGCGGUGAAAAAAGCCACUCUGAAUGCCGGGACUUCCUCGAUGAAGAAGGCGGCUACGAUCGCCGAGACAAAAAAAAAGCCCACUGGUGCGGGGGCCGCGAAGAAGACUGCUGCUGUGGCUCAGAAUGCCAAGAAGAACGGCGCGGUAGAGGGGGCUGCGAAGCACAAGGAGAGCGCGGAAGCUAAGACUGUGACGAACACUAAAGCACCGGCGGGACCCGCGCCCAAAGCCAAGGCAAAAGUCGCGAGAGCCGCGCCGGCGUCGACCAGCAAAUCCAUGAAAAAGGACCCUCAACAGUCUGCGCCGAGGAGCAAGCCCGUGCAGAAGCAAGGACAGAAGCCGAAAGCUGCUCCGAAGGCAGUGAUGAAAAAGGAGAACAAGUGAAACUUGAAAAAAAUAUUGCAGUGGCACAGAACAAUAUUAGGCCGUCGAAGCGGAUGCAAGGACUUCGCGUAUUUGAUCGGUAGCGAGAGCGACACUGUCCGUUCGCUGCAGAAAUUUUGGCGACUAUAUUUUGCUUUUUCUUCUUCAUCUUUAAAAAGCUGUUACACAGACAAGAAAAAUGUGUGCAACGUCCUCGCUGAGUGCGAGUACGCUUCUUAUGUGGUAAAUAAGCAUAGACUUCAGUUGUACUUGAUCUUCGACUCUUCCAAAGUGGGGGUCUCGAUUCGGAACAAAAUAU